AGACUGGGAGCGAUCACCAUCUCCCCGUAACUUCUCUGUUCCUCUUCUCGGCUGCCCUCCUUUUCUCUCGUCCUUUCGUGCCCCAGACCACAUCCUGGAGCCGGCACUCCCGCACGGGCCUCGGCUGGGAAGGUGCACCCGGAGUCCCGGCCUGCGAGGCGCCCUUCGGGGCCUCCUUCUACACCCGCCUACCCCUCGGCUGCGCUGAUUGGCCGCUCCUGGGCCAUCCUCCCGCCCUGGACAAGCAGGGUCCUCUGCCCUGUGGAAAGUUUUCUGUGCCAGGAGGAAGUUGAACAUUUGGAGACUCCGAGAAAGCAGUUCCGGAGGCUGCGGGGAUCUGGGCAGCCAUGGAGGAGCCCCCUUUGCGAGAGGAGGAGGAGGAGGGGGACGAGGCUGGUCCCGAGGGGGCCCUGGGCAAAAGCCCCUUCCAGCUGACCUCCGAGGACGUAUAUGACAUCUCCUACGUGAUGGGCCGCGAGCUAAUGGCCCUAGGCAGCGACCCGCGGGUGACACAGCUGCAGUUCAAGAUCGUCCGCGUGCUGGAGAUGCUGGAGACGCUGGUGAAUGAGGGCAACCUGACCGUGGAGGAGCUAAGAAUGGAGCGGGACAACCUCAGGAAGGAAGUGGAGGGGCUGCGGAGAGAGGGCCCGGCGGCCGGCGGGGAGGUGAACCUGGGACCAAACAAAAUGGUGGUUGACCUGACAGAUCCCAACCGACCACGCUUUACUCUACAGGAGCUGAGAGACGUGCUGCAGGAGCGUAACAAGCUCAAGUCGCAGCUGCUGGUGGUGCAGGAAGAGCUGCAGUGCUAUAAGAGUGGCCUGAUCCCACCAAGAGAGGGCUCGGGAGGAAGAAGAGAAAAAGACGCUCUGGUUGCCAGGGCCAGCAAGGCCAGCAGGAACAAGGAGGAGAAGACAAUCAUUAGGAAGCUGUUCUUUUUCCGAUCAGGGAAGCAGACAUAGACCUGAGGCCAUGACUACAUUCUCAGACUCAGAAGACAACCCACGAAGACAACUUCCAAAAUCAUCUCUCAGCGCCAACGCGUACCCACUGCACUUGCUCUUUCAUUUCCCCUCAGAGCUGUCUGAGGAGGAAAGGGUGAGGUUCUCUCCCCAGCUGCAGAACUAGACACCCCCGAAGGCUGGGCCAGGGCAGGUGAAGCGGCACAAAAAGAUCAAGAAAGGAGGAGGAAAGCUCACCGGGGCCACCUGCAGCCCCACUUCCACCGCGCAGGGGCCCCCAGUGUGCGGAGGCACAUUCUGCUUCUCUGGGCCCACAGACGACCUCGGUCUUUACUGCAUAGCUGCGAAAUACACCAGCCCAGAGCGGGCGGUGGAGAGAAGAGGAGCAGGGAAAACUGGUAUGGACGUCACAGUGCUGCCUUCACUGAUAUUUAAUGUUUGAUUUUGCUAAUGUGACUUUCUUUACAUGAUUUUGUAUUAAAGUAAAAUGACUUUUACACUUUC